GAUGAGGGACCUUUGCUGAGAGAGGACAUGGCGUGGCAACGGGAAAAAGUCCGUAAGACGUGGGACCCAUACGGACAGGUUCUGGAGUUCAGCUGUAUAGGUGGUGGACGCCAUUCGGUUCGAGAGUAUGUCUUUUCCCGAGAGGCCUUCAGCUUCAGGCGCUGGCUCUUGCUCAUGUUCCUCUUCAGCAGCCUCGCAUUCUACUGCGAAUUCUACAAUGUCAAUGCAAGUUUCCUUGGGGUAUUCCUGCUUUUCCUCUGCCUCCUUCUGAUCCUGAAGUUGCACUUCAAGGUCAAAGAGGAGUCCUUGCUGGUGAUGGCGUCUCUGGGCCUGCAACUGACGACGACCUUCGUGACUGGGAGAAGGGCAUCUCGCCUUAUACCUGCCAGACGUAUCCAGGAUGUUGUUCUCAUAGAAGGAAUCUUCAUGCAUCGUGUGCUGUUCUAUCUAUCCGUCCUGCUUCAUGAUCCCCUACAGGUGGAAGGAGUCAUUCCCGUCUUCCAGAAUCUCCUCCCUCGUAUAGAGUGUUUGGAAAUUGUCUACCAAGGAGUGAGAGAUGUCCUUCAUCUGGGAAUUCCUGAUGUCAAGACGUGACGUCUUCCUGACCUACUUAAUCAUCAUUCAUCAUGGACUGAUCCAGGUACAAAUUGUCUACUUUGUGGCCUGGUCAUAAAAUUAUAUAAAUUGUUAAAGUGGCCUCUUUGCAAGAUUUCUUAUCUUAAAAUUGUUUUUUUUACAAAGCUUCAUUUGUAACAAUAAUGGCUCUUUCAUAACUUUUAAGCUCAAUUAACUAACCUGAAGUCCUUUAGGCCAAUGGGAUUUCAGGUUAGAACUGUG